UCCUGUACCAUUCCAUAUAUAGACAUAUAUUAUAUAUAUAUAUAUAUAUAUAUAUAUAUAUACACACACAUUUUCAUUCAUAGUUCAACCCAAAAGCCAAAGAUGAAGUUUGGCAAGGAAUUUGUGUCACAAAUGGUGCCAGAAUGGCAAGAAGCAUACAUGGAUUAUGACAAACUAAAGACCAUUUUGAAACAAAUCCAACUUUGCAACCAAAGAAACAGAGCACCAUCGAAACCCAAAGGCCUAAAGCGAAGGCUCACACUUUACAGAGCUUUCAGUGGCCUAACACCAAGACCAAACAACAGUAGUGCUCCCACAAGCCCAACAGCACAACCAGACAUCGAACACCAAGCCAUUCAGGUCAGUUCGGUGGCCGGAAGACACGAGACGGUGUUCCUCCGGGCCGCAGAAAAAGGAGGCGAAUUCGAGCUGGUGUUCUUCAGAAGGCUCGACGAUGAGUUCGAUAAGGUUUUGAAGUUCUACAAGUGUAAGGUGGAAGAGAUAGUGAAGGAGGCUGAGAUGUUGAACAAGCAGAUGGAUAGUCUGAUAGCUUUCCGGAUCAAAGUGGACAGACCUCAGAGAUGGUUCGAUAGCUCCGCGGAGAUGGCUCGUCUUGCUUCGGAUGUUGCUGCUUCAACUGCUGCACUAUCACCACAUGCGGUUAGAACAAGCAGAAGAACUUUCAUGGAUAUAUUAGAAGAAGAUAAGUUGAGCAGGCAAGGGCAAUCAGACGAAUCCGGUGACGAUAAAGAAGUAGAGGUGAAAAGAGUCGACCAAAAUGUUGAAGAACAGAAGCCAAACAUCAACAGGGUCAAUAGACUAGCUCCAUUAGAAAUACUUAACAAUGUGAAAAUUAACAACACUCUUGAGACUCCGCGUUCCACCCUCAAAGCUUUCCUCAAUGUUCCUCAUCAGACAAAACUGAAUUUCAAUAGGGAAAAUCUAAAGAAAGCGGAAGAACAACUUAAGCAGGCUUUCAUCGAAUUCUAUCAAAAGCUUCGGCUUCUUAAGAGCUUCAGCUUCUUGAAUAUGUUGGCAUGUUCGAAGAUCACGAAGAAAUAUGAUAAGAUAAGUUCAAGAAAUGCAUCAAAGCAAUACUUGAAGAUGGUGGACAACUCCUACCUCGGAAGCUCUGACGAGGUCGCUAUGCUUAUGGAGAGGGCUGAAACUGCAUUCAUCAAACAUUUCACCAACUCAAAUCGCACUGAAGGAAUGAGUAUCUUAAGACCAAGAGCAAAGAAAGAAAGACAUGGAGUAACAUUUUCCUUGGGCUUCUUUGCUGGCUGCACAGUAGCCCUCAUACUGGCGCUUGCUCUGAUUAUACGUGCACGCGAUAUUCUUGACAAGGAAGGAAGAACCCAAUACAUGGAAACUAUGUUUCCCCUUUACAGCUUGUUUGGAUUCAUUAUACUUCACAUGGUUAUGUAUGCUGCAAACAUAUACUUCUGGAGGCGUUACCGAGUCAAUUAUUCAUUCAUAUUUGGUUUCAAGGAAGGAACUGACUUGGGCUAUCGAGAAGUUCUCCUCCUGAGUUCCGGUUUUUCAGUACUAGCACUUGCCAGUGUGCUCGCAAACCUUGAUAUGGAAAUGGAUCCACAAACACUCGAUUACAAAGCAAUCACAGAACUCGUCCCUCUGGGAUUAGUGAUGCUCGUAAUCAUCAUAUUGCUUUGCCCCUUCAAUAUCAUAUACCGAUCAAGUCGCUUCUUCUUACUAACAUGUGUGUUUCACUGCAUCUGUGCCCCUCUCUACAAGGUGUCACUUCCUGAUUUUUUCUUGGCGGAUCAACUAACUAGUCAGGUGCAAGCAUUCAGAAGUCUGGAGUUCUAUGUUUGCUACUAUGGUUGGGGAGACUACAAACUCAGAGAAAACAGUUGCAAAACAAAUGAUGUUUUCAAAGCUUUCUAUUUCAUAGUUGCUGCCAUUCCAUAUUGGUCGCGUCUACUUCAGUGCCUCAGGCGCUUUUAUGAAGAGAAAGAUGCUAUGCAAGGACUCAAUGGGUUAAAAUAUUUCUCAACAAUUCUAGCCGUAAGUACAAGAACAGCAUACACUCUUGACAAAGGCAUGAGUUGGAAGAUAGCAGCCUGGAUUUUCUCAGCCACUGCAGCAAUCUUCGGUACAUAUUGGGACCUCGUUAAGGAUUGGGGGCUUUUACAACCGAAUUCUGAGAACCGUUGGUUGAGAGACAAGCUCCUUAUCCCCCAUAAAAGUGUGUAUUUCGGAGCCAUGGUCUUGAAUGUACUGUUGAGAUUUGCCUGGCUGCAAACGGUGUUAAAUUUCAGAGUUCCUUUUCUGCAUAGAGAAACCUUACUCGCACUUGUUGCUGUCCUUGAGAUCUUUCGUCGUGGCAUGUGGAACUUCUUCAGAUUGGAAUAUGAACAUCUAAAUAAUGUUGGCAAGUAUCGCGCAUUCAAGUCAGUACUGCUACCUUUCAACUAUGAUGAAGAUGAGAACAAAGAUGAGUAGAGUUUCAGAGUAGUGUCAAAGAACCCACCAAAUAGAGGAGUGUACAAAGAAAAGAUGAAGAAGAAAGUCAAGCAAUGCUAAAUAAGCAUGUCUGUGAAUGUAGCCAUUCUUUUUCCAAUUGUUUGAGUGGAUUCUUUCAAAUUUAGAACCUGAUAGUGAGAAGAAGUGAAUUCAAUUCCCCAUUAUUCCUUGUGUGAGUGCGUGUGUGUGUGUAUGCGUGUGUUUGGGUUGUAUAGGCUCACCCAAUUUUUUUUUUUUUUUUGUUUUUUUGGUUUUACCACUUGUUUACCAUCAAUUUAGAAUUUUGCUAUAACACGUUCUUUAUAUGAUGUGAAUCAGAGCGUAUCAAACAUCGUGGUGGCCAAAAGGGAGAUGGAAGGGUUGAAACCAGAAAGGGGCCAUGCGGGAAUGCAUACAUAUAUGUACACAUGAAAAUGAGCUGUUUAUGGUCGACAAGAAGGGUGGGUUGGGUGACUUGACUAAAAGCUGUGUAGGAAGACUAGCACAUUACUUCAUCUUGUCCCACUGGAAAGAGUGAAAAACAUUAACUCUUUAGUUUCUCCUGUCAAGAUCUCUACAUAAAUGCAGGAGAAUUUAUCAUCAAGAAACUAGCAUUGGAUGCCAAGUUCAGCUAUGUCAUAAUUAAACUGGUAACUAUUGCACUCGUCAGCAACGACAAGUUCCCAAAGCUGUCUUAAUAUAUAUUUUAAGCCUACCCCACUGAUUUAGCUUUAUGAUUAUAACCUUGAGUCGCACAGACACACUUGGCUUUGGGAUGUACUGCAUACCAAGUUAGACCAAGGAGGUCCACAGGCUCAGCAUAGAUUCUGCCAACCCUAAGCCAAAGAGUACCAGUUUCUACCCUGAACUACUCAUCUUAUUCCCUUGUGGUAUGCUAUAUAAAUUAGAGAUCAUAUCGACAUCUCAGAGACAAAGUUCCUGUAAUGUUUGUGCCUUUAUAUAUAUAUAUAUGUCUGUGUGUGUGGUGUGUAUUAAGAAAAAAAAGAAAAAGAGAAAAGAAAUGUUAAAAAAAAAAAGUGGAACCCACAAAUGUUAAGACCUUGUUUUUUUUUUUUUUUUCACUGUAACCUCAUCUUCUCUCUCUCGCGUCCAUCUCUCUGUUUGUCUCUCGGCUCCUUCUCUUUUUUCUUUUUUCUUUUUUUUCACUUCAAGCUUUAACCCUUGAUUACUCUCUCAAUCCUUGCCGGAUUUAGGUGCCGUUUGAGGUAAAACGACGAGCACGACGAGCCCUAUGUGCCAGUAUCAGAAAUUCUAGCUUUUGGUCCUCUUUGGGAGCUCGAAUUUGAGGACCCAUUUUCUAGGGUUUUGGUGCAAUCUUGAGGUCUUGGAAAAGAACCGGUGGACGACAAUCCACCCUAACUUUGAAAGUUGCUAGAGGAGCAUUUUCCUUGUUAUUUUGUAAUAGAUCACUCCUUUGUUCAUCCCUCAUUUUUGUAAAAUUCCAAAGGUGUAAUGAUGUAAAUUUCUUUUGAAGAACCAUGAUCAUGUAAUACACUUAUGAUACUUGAUGACAUAUGGGAUGCGAACUUGAUGAUAUGUAACUUGUUGAUGAAUGGAAGGAUAAUCCUAGCUUGAAGCAUUGUCUAGAUUA